AUGGAUCCCCCCGACGAAUCAACCUCUCUCCUCCCAAAGCCUGCUUCAUUGCCACCACAGGAUGAGUCUCCGUGGUAUAAGCAAUGGCUGGCGGAAAUAUGGCUUCUCACGAGGACUUCUAUACCCGUCAUGCUGGCAUACACAUUGCAAAACAGCCUGCAAACUGUCAGUGUGCUCAUUGUCGGCCGCCUAUCCCCCGAGGCCUUGGCGACAGCAGCCUUCUCCUACAUGUUUGCCAUGGCCACGGGUUGGCUGAUUGCUCUGGGAGGUACCACGGCCCUGGAUACUCUUGCCUCGAGCAGUUUCACCGGGUCUACGAAUAAGCAUGACCUGGGAAUUUUGCUCCAAAGGGGCCUCCUCGUGCUGACGGCUUUCUACACUGUGAUUGCUGUUCUCUGGGCCUGUUCGGAACCAAUCUUUCGAGCCCUUGGACAAGAAGAAUUCAUUUGCGUACAGUCAUCACAGUUCCUCCGCAUCCUGAUCCCCGGCGGUCUGGGCUACGUGUGGUUCGAGUGCAUGAAGAAGUACCUGCAGGCCCAGGAGAUUUACCGACCGGGCACCUACGUGCUGCUCAUCACCAGUCCGCUGAGCGCCGGGCUCAACUACCUCCUCGUCCACACCUGGGGCAUGGGCCUCUACGGCGCGCCGCUGGCGACGGGCAUUGCGUACUGGGUCUCGUUUCUGCUCCUCGUCCUCUACGCCGUCAAGGUCCGCGGCUCGGAGUGCUGGGGCGGUCUGGACCUGCGCAAGGCGGCCAACCCCAAGCAGCUGUGGCCGUUUGCGCGCCUGGCCCUGCUCGGCUUUGUCCACGUCGGCACCGAGUGGUGGGCCUUUGAGAUUGUCGCCCUGGCCGCGGGCCGGCUGGGCAAGAUCCCCCUCGCCGCCCAGAGCGUCAUCAUGACGGCCGACCAAAUCAUCAACACCAUCCCCUUUGGCCUCGGCGUCGCCGCCAGCGCGCGGCUGGGUAACCUCCUGGGCGCCCGCCGGGCCCGCGAUGCCCGGCGUGCGGCACACUGUGCCGCGGUGCUCUCGGUGGUGUUCGGCGCGCUGAUCCUGGCGGUGCUCAUGGGUACCAAGGAUGUCUUUGGGCGCAUCUUUAAUGACGAUGCCGACGUCGUGGCGCUCGUUGCCCACGUCAUGCCGUUUGUGGCCCUGUUCCAGAUUGCCGAUGGUCUGAAUGGCUCCUGUGGUGGUAGUCUUCGAGGUAUGGGCCGUCAGUGGGUGGGCGCCCUAGUCAAUCUCGUCUCCUACUAUGGUGCCGCACUGCCUCUGGGUAUUUGGCUUGCUUUCCACGGUUGGGGUCUUGAAGGUCUCUGGGUUGGACAGUGCUGUGCUCUAUAUCUUGUUGGUGUGCUCGAGUGGGUUAUUGUUGGGCUCUGCAACUGGGAUAAGGAGGUAGAGAGAGCUUUGAGUAGAUUGGAUGAUGGAGGUCAGGGUGAGGGAGAGGCUGUUUUGCAGCAAGAUGCCGAAGAUGUUGCCGAAGGUAGAGCCGUGGUUUAA